UGUAUGUUGUAAGAUUUGAAGAAGGAGCUAAGAAUGCAUUCAGAACAGCCGUAGGAGCUAAUCAUUUGUAAUAAACAAAGGAAGCCAAUAUGUGACUUACAGGAAACAGUUGUAGCCAUGGUGCUUGAUGAAUCCAAUCCAAAUCAUCUCAAAGUUGAGAAGAUGAUGAUGGUGAUGAGAUUCGACACCAGUUUGUUGGCGAUGAUUCCGUUGUAAUCCCCCCUAGGGAGGGAGAUUUGAAAGGUAUUCAGGUUCCAAAGUAGUAGUUGACAUAUCUUACCACACACACAAGAAGGGAUUAAGGUUAAGAUUAGCCCCCAGCAGUUUCAUCAUACCUGAGAGAGAAGGAGAAACGCCGUGGAGAUUGAAGGGAUGAUGAUGAUGAUGAUGCGAUUUGCUAUUCGUCGUCGGAGUUGAGAAGGGAAGACAGAGGAGAGGAGGAUUGGUUGGAUGUCGUCAAAUAAUAGAACACGCAGGAAGCGAUGUUGUUGACCCGUUUACCUUCCUUAGACAUAAUAAUACACUAAAGAAAGGGUUUCUAUUUCGGAUCUGUACUUCUUUUUUUUUUUUUGCCAUGGAUACUCUUAAGAGAGGACGGCCUGAAGCUAACUCCAACGGCGCCGGGUUUAAGAAGUCUAAGCAAGAGAUGGAAUCAACUGGUUUAGGAAGCAAAUCGAAGCCAUGCACUAAAUAUUUCAGCACUUCUGGCUGUCCUUUUGGAGAGAACUGCCAUUUCUCGCAUUAUGUCCCCGGAGGAUACAAUGCUGUAGCACAGCUGACAAACAUGGCUCCACCCAUGCCUCAAGUUUCAAGAAACAUGCAAGGGAGAUUCUCAGGGAGAGGAGACUCUGGUCCUGGCCACGUCUCUAGCUUUGGUGCCUCGGCCACUGCAAAAAUCAGCGUGGAUGCUUCAUUGGCAGGCGCAAUCAUUGGAAAAGGUGGAGUCAGUUCUAAACAGAUAUAUCGUCAAACUGGGGCGAAGUUAACGAUUCAAGAUCACGAGAGAGACCCCAACCUGAAGAACAUUGAGCUUGAAGGAACGUUUGAGCUGAUAAACGAGGCGAGCGUGAUGGUUAGAGAGCUUAUUGGGAGGCUUAACUCGGCAGCGAGGAGACCACCUGGUGGUGGUGGUGGUGGGGUUGGUUCUGAAGGGAAACCGCAUCCAGGGAGCAACUUCAAGACGAAGAUGUGUGAGAGAUUCUCUAAAGGAAGCUGUACGUUUGGUGAUAGAUGUCACUUUGCACACGGGGAAGCGGAGCUACGCAGGUCAGGAAUCUCCUCCUGAGUUAUUGUUGGAGUUAAGAGAAGUUUACUUGCAAAACAAGUCUCUUCUUCAUUGCUAGAGUCACGUCUUCACCUACAUACUUUUUUUUAUGUUGUUUUCUUUUGUUUAUGAGAAUACAAUGUUAGUUUCAUUGUCAUCGUAUGGUUUUUUUAGAAUUUAGUUUUUGUUAAAUCAAGUUUGGGAGGUUUCAUGA